AUUUUAUAAGAAAAAAUACUAAUACUAAAAACAAAUUAAUUUUUCAUUAGUGUUCUGCCUGUGAGUAUAUAUGUAUAUGUUUGUUUAAGCCAACCUGUAGGUACACAAAACUUUUAAGCUACCCACCACUACUCAAGCGAAAUAAGCAACUUGUCUCAGUUACUAUCCGAAUCUUCGAGCUCUAGCAUAGCAAGCUUCGAACCUCUGGCGAACCACGUUGUCAAAAAAAAAACAGCUAUCGCUGACAGUCAGGAUUACGCAUCUUACAAAUGGCUGGACUUAUUCAUCGCCGAGUAUCUUUACUAGUACAACAAUUUCUAGCCAGAGGACACAAAUUGGCUUUGCAACCGAACGCUCAAUUACACACGUCUCGUCGACUUGAAAAAAUCGUUUCAUUCAACUUAUCGGAUAUUGGAGAAGGAAUACGCGAAGUGACUGUUAAAGAAUGGUUUAUCAAAGAAGGGGACGUCGUAGAGCAGUUCGAUAAUUUGUGUGAAGUGCAGAGUGACAAGGCAUCGGUAACUAUAACAAGCCGUUACGACGGUAAAAUUGUAAAGCUGCAUAAACUCGUCGAUGAAAUAGCCCUUGUUGGAAAACCAUUGCUAGAUUUUGAUGUUCAAGAUGAAGCAGAAGAAAGUGACAGUAGUGAAGAAAGCAGCUCCGAUGAAGAAGAUGCCCAAAUUGAGCAUGUUCUUGGGCAAAACGCAACUGAGAUUAUCGGUGGUAGUAAAGUUCUAGCUACACCGGCCGUACGGAGAAUCGCCAUGGAGAAUAAAGUAGAUCUCCAAAAGGUCAAAGCGUCUGGCAGGAAUGGUCGCAUCCUUAAGGGAGACGUUCUAGAAUAUUUGAAUAUAAUUCCUGUUGGCACUGUCAAACCGCAUCCCACGUUAGCUCUCCAGGAUGUGUCAGGAAAAAAUAUCGGAUCCACCACACCCAUUAAAACUGAAACGAUUGUACCGUUGAAAGGAGUUGGGAAGGCAAUGUUCAAAUCAAUGACUGAAUCGUUGAAAAUUCCACACUUUGCAUAUAGUGAUGAGGUUGAUUUAUCACAGCUAGUGCUGGUUCGCGAUCAAUUGAAAAAUGAAGCACUGUCGUAUGGGGUAAAGUUGACCUAUAUGCCAUUCUUUGUUAAAGCUGCGUCAAAUGCUUUGAAGAAAUUUCCAAUUUUGAAUAGCUCUUUUGACGAGGGUAAAGAAUGUAUGAUAUUAAAAUCGUAUCACAAUAUAAGCAUUGCCAUGCACACACCUCAAGGGCUAGUUGUGCCUAAUGUUAAAAAUGUCGAAACAAAAUCAAUUCUUGAUAUUGCUCUAGAAUUGAAUGCUUUACAAGAACGCGGUACCAAGGGAUCAUUAAAUCCAGAUGACUUUGCGAAUGGAACGUUUUCACUGUCGAAUAUUGGAGUCGUUGGAGGAACUUACACGCAUCCUUGUAUAAUGGCGCCUCAAGUCGCAAUAGGAGCGGUAGGGAAAACUAAACUAUUACCUCGGUUUGACACAAAAGGAAAUGUCAUUGCAGCACACAUCAUGAACGUAAGCUGGUCAGCUGAUCAUCGUGUUAUAGACGGAGUUACAAUGGCGAGUUUUUCGAAUGAGUGGAAAAAAUUGCUAGAAAAUCCACAUUUUUUCUUACUGAGUGCCAAAUGAAUACUAUUUCAGCAGAACAUAAAAACGGAUGCAUUUAUAAAAAGUGAUUUAUACUAGGAAAUUGUUAUUCCAACUAUACCAACAUUGCAUUUAAAUAACUAAACUGAUUUCUAUGAGAAAUUAUAGACUAAGUUGCCAAGACAUAAACAUAAAACGUGUAUAAUUGUUCUUAUACAAUGAAUAUAGUAUAAAAUUCUAUAAGAAUACAAUUUGCUGAUU